UACUUUAUUACGUGAUUUCGAUGUGACGUUUACUUGUUUUUACUCUUCUUUUUCCUUAUUCGAACUCUGCUUUCAUUUUUCUUUCCUUUGCCCGGACCUUUCUUCUUACUCCGCCGUGUCGCCGCUACAUACUCCACCAACGCCGCCACUUCCUUUUCCGACAUGAGAGCUUCCUUAGAUGCCGUCGAGAGGAUACUCAACUAUAGGUUUCGAGACAAACGCCUCCUCGAAGACGCCCUGACUCACUCAUCGUACUCCGACGCGCCGUCGUAUGAGCGUCUUGAGUUCGUCGGCGACGCCGCUCUUGGCCUUGCGUUUACCAACCAUGUUUUCUUGGCUUACCCCAACCUUGACCCCGGUCAACUGUCCUUGAUCCGAGCUGCAAAUAUUAGUACCGAGAAACUUGCUCGGGUUGCCGUUAAACAUGGCCUUUUUCAGUUUGUAAGACACAAUGUUGUGGGUCUUGCACAAAAGGUUAAAGAAUUUGCUGAGGCUGUUACUAAAGAAGAUGAAUUGGUGGCUCAUGGUGGAUCGAUGAAAGCACCCAAGGUUUUAGCUGACGUUGUCGAAGCUCUGGCUGCGGCCGUUUACAUUGACAUCAGAUUUGAUCUGAUAUCACUCUGGGUGAUCUUUAGAGGUUUAUUAGAGCCGAUAGUUACGCCAGAAGCUUUACAACAACAACCUCAACCGGUUAGCUUAUUGUUCGAGAUAUGUCAAAAGCAAGGGAAGUACGUUGACAUAAAGCAUUGGAAUAAUGGCGUAAAAAACAUUGCUACUGUAUUUGUUGACGGGGAGUUUAUUGCUUCCGGUUCUUCGGAUCGAAAAGACAUUGCGAAGCUUAAUGCGGUGAGGGAAGCUUUGCAAAGGUUAUCGACAUCCAUAGUUGUUGAUGUUGAUUCACUCGGAAUCGACGAGAUUAAUGGGUCUUUAGAAAUCAAAGAAGCGAAGCAAAAACUGCACAAGCUUUGCAUGAAAAAGAAAUGGCCCAAACCUAUCUACGAGCUCGAGAAAGACGAAGGUCCCCCACACGAGAAGAAAUUCGUAUCUGCAGUUAAAAUUCCGACCGAAGAUGGCAUCUUUUAUAUCACCGGGGACAAAAAGUCGAGAGUAAAAGAAGCGGACAACUCCGCGGCUUCGUGUAUGAUUCAAUCCCUUAAAGAACUGAGAUAUCUGUGAUUCGGGUCCUCACUUUCCGACGAUCUCUAGUUACCGGGUAAAUUUUGUUAUAUUUGUUGUCGAUCUCCGAUUGUAUUCGACAUCGCUGGAUCCGGAACUUAAAACAUAGUUGACUGUCGAGAUCUCGAUGGUCGGGUGCCGGAACACAAAGUGUUGCAAAGAGCCACCAAUGUGUUCUAUGUUUUAUUUUGUCUGGAAGCACAUUUUCAAGUUUUCAUAUAUUAUAUCAACGGUGGUCGAAUUGAUUGUGCCAUAA